AUGGAGCGCAAGCGCCUUCGAUCAGAAGAAGCCAAUGAGGCUCGCCACGAGGACAUAGCUGCAAGGGUAGAAGCAGCAGUCCAAGGCAAGCAGGAGGAGCGUUUCCUCAAGAUGUCCGACCGUGAGGAAGACACCGACAUGACCCUUGACACAAUGGAGGCACUCUAUAUUGGGCAGGCACGGAGUACUUGGAAAACAGUUCCUUUUGGAAAGAGCGCGUUUGAUUGGCAGAUGUAUGCAAGUUUGAUCGAGGAGGUGAAGCCGCGGACUAUUGUUGAUAUUGGCUCCUGGGCUGGUGGAAGUGCGCUCUUCUUCGCCGAUUUUGCAGAGAUGCUCGUGGGGGAGAAGUUUCAAACAGUGGUGAGUUUGGACAUUACGCUCCGAAAUGUCAGACACAGAGCCCGGCAGCAUCCAAAGAUCCAAUUUCACGAGUGCAGCACGGAGUGCUUCAAGGAUCUUUUUACCGAUGAGUUUGCAGCCCGACUUCCUCACCCUUGGUUGGUAUCUGAAGAUGCACAUCAUCAUUUUGAUAUGGUAAUGGAACGCUUGAACGUGCUACUCCAACCCGGGGAUUACCUGGUGGUGGAAGAUACUAGCACGCAAAUGCAAGACUGGUUUGCCCAGUGCAACGACGGCACUGAAGAAGAUGGCCAAGCAGCGAAACAGAGCCAAACGGCGGAAGCAAUUCAUCAAUUGCGGAAGAAGAAGGAGAUCCUCCAGCGAUAUUGUGCCUUUCCAACAACUUUGUGGGAGCAACUAUUAGCCAGGGGCAGGAAAUCAUGUAAACCUCAUCAUCAUCAUCAUCAGACAUCACUCCAAAGAGAGGAGCAAUGGCAUGCAAGGAGGCAUGCAUUCAGAGAAGUAUCGCUGUGA